GACAAGUAAACAUGGCGGACGAGGAUCCAAACACGAAAGUUGAAUGCGAAGACGUUCCUGCAAAAGAGGAAGAGCCAGAAACUACGGAACCUGGGCGAAAUGAUGUCGCCAACGAUACCGACGAGGUGCAGAGGGACAAACGGGCGGACAGCUCGUGGUCGGCGCCGAUUUUGUCGUUUGCUCGGAAAGCGACGGAGACGCUGAGCAGUGGAGUGAAUCACUACAGCGCAGGGUUAAAGGGAUCUGACACAUCACAACACUCCUCUGACACAUCAGAUCUUGUAAAGACUGCAGCUGUGAAGGAUCAUAUGGUGGUGGAGAGGUCAAAUCUCCUCAGCAUGAUGAAGCUCAGCAUUAAGGUUCUGAUCCAGUCGUCUCUCAGUCUCGGACGCACGCUGGACUCUGAAUAUCCACCUCUGCAACAGUUCUUCGUGGUUCUGGAGCACUGCCUUAAACAUGGGUUAAAAGUGAAGAAGACUUUCAUUGGCCAAAAUAAGUCUAUCUGGGCUCCUCUGGAGCUGAUAGAGAAGCUGUGCCCUGAGUCAGCUGACAUUGCCACCAGUGUGCGGGAUAUGCCAGGAAUCAAGACAGGCCUCGGACGAGCUCGAGCGUGGCUGCAUCUGGCUCUAAUGCAGAAAAAAAUCGCAGACUACAUGAAAGAGCUUAUAAAUAGAAAAGACCUUCUUGGGGAGUUUUAUGAACCUGGGUCUCUUAUAAUGGAAGAGGAGGGGGCUGUGAUUGUAGGGAUGCUGGUGGGUUUGAAUGUGAUCGAUGCCAAUCUGUGUGUUAAAGGAGAGGAUCUGGAUUCCCAGGUGGGCGUCAUUGACUUCUCAAUGUAUCUAAAGGAUCCCCAAGCGACUGAGAAUACACAAGAUGAUUCAAAAAUGACAGCCAUUCUUGACCAGAAGCACUACAUAGAAGAACUAAACCGGCAUCUGAGCUGCACGGUCACGGAUCUUCAGGCCAAGAUGGACUCACUGGAGAAAACCAACAGCAAGCUCAUUGAGGAGCUUACAGCAGCCACAGACAGAAUCAAUGCUUUGCGUGAAGAGCAGGAACAACUUAGACAAGAAAAUGCAAAUAUUCUCCAAACUAGUCAGAGGAAAGAGGAGGUGACUCUACAAGACAGCCAGGUAGAGCUAGACACGUAUCGACAGACACGGCAGGGUUUGGAUGAAAUGUACAAUGUAGUCUGGAAGCAGUACAAGGAGGAGAAACGAAUCCGGCAGGAGCUGCAAAAGGAGCUGGAGCUGCAGAACGGUCUGAAGCAGGAAAUGGAAGUUGCAAUGAAACUCCUAGAAAAGGACACGCAUGAAAAACAAGACUCGCUGGUCGCACUGCGACAACAACUAGACCAAGUCAAGAAUCUCAACUUACAGAUGUUCAAUAAAGCACAGGAGUCUGACCGAGUGGCCCACAAAAAAGAGGAGGACAUGCAACAACUGGAAAAGAAGAUGAUUCAGAUGGAAGCAGCCAUGAAGGAACUAGAGCAGAGGCUUCAGAAUUCAGAAAACGUGCGCAAGAACACAGAUGAAAGCCAGAAUGAGCUGAGAUCGGAGAUGAAAGGGAAAGUGAACGCUCUGCAGAAGCGUCUCGCUGACCUCGACACACUCAGGGCAGGCCUGGAGUCAGAGCUUAGCGUGGAGAAAGAGCAGCGGCAAAAUCUGCAGAGGGAGUUACAGAGAGAACAGGACAACAGCGCAGAGCUGCGCACACAACUGCAGCAGCUGCAGGGCCUGCAGACGGAACUGCUUGGUCUUCGACAGGAGAAGAAACAGCUCCAGCAGCUGUGUGAGGAGCAGGAACAGGCUCUACAGGAGAUGGGCCUUCAUCUCAGCCAAUCCAAACUCAAGAUGGAGGACUUCAAAGAGGUCAACAAAGCCUUGAAGGGUCAUGCCUGGCUAAAAGACGACGAAGCUACACAGUGCAAGCAGUGCCAAAAAGAAUUCUCAAUCGCUCGGAGAAAACACCACUGCAGGAACUGUGGCGACAUCUAUUGCAACAGCUGCUCCAGCAAUGAGCUGGCUCUGCCCUCGUACCCCAGACCCGUCCGCGUAUGUGACGUCUGCCAUUCCCUUCUGCUCCAACGGAGCUCCAUCGGCUCAUGACAGCACUCAACAUAUCUGCUAAUCACGUGUGUAUGUGUGAAUCUACAGGCCAACUGUAUUAAUCAAACUCUCAAUCUGUUUUUUAACACUUAUGCAUUAAUUUCUAGUGGCACCACUGGCUUCCAUUUGACUAAAAUCGUUGUUGCAAAAUCAUAUGCAGUUUAUUUGACAGGAUACACUAGGAUGAUAACUAACAUGAAUAUGAUUGUAUUUAUAAUGAUAGUCUCCAUUUUAGGGAGAGCACUAACACAUGCAAACCUUUCAGUGGAUGCAGAUGAUUCAUAUUUCGUUACUCUACAUGCUUUUUAGUCUCCUCUUAUAGAAAUAGUACCAAAUUAAAUUUAUAAUGAUUUUGUAAAAGUGUUCGAUUUUAUUUUUUGAGACAUAGCGUUACUUUACCACUAAUUAUCACGAUUUUUUAGUUUAUGUGCUUGUAUUAUGAAAAUGUUAUCUGUGCAUGUCAUACAAAAAUAUAUACCACUAUCAGAGGUCAAAAAGUGGGACCAGUUCCUGUAUGAAGUUAGUAGAUAUGUAAAUUAUUCAAGAAAGUGUAAAUCAUUCAUAGAAUCAAAACUAACAAAGGUUUUAUGAACACACUUGUUCUGCUAAUAUAAUGAAUGAGGCUUAAUGUAAAUGAUUUUUGUCGUCCAAAGGUAAAAUUACAUUUAUAGUAUGCAAGACGAAAGAGGAGAUGGAUUGUAUUUUCUCCAACUUUUUUUGCUUGCCAGUUAAAGAAAUUUUUUAUAAAUCUUUUUAAAGCUGUCUGAAUACAAAAUGUCUAUUUUAGAUUGUAUGACAGUUUCCUGUGUUGUACCUUCUUUUGUCUCCUGUUCAUAAAGCUGUAAUGAAGUUUCUGAAGAUUUUAUAGAAUUGUGUACGAUUUAAUAAACACUGCCUCAAAGUA